AUGGAAACAUCUCUCACUUCUGAUUUUCACACCCUUAUGGAUGGAGUGAAAAGCUGGGAUUUACCCAAAUCCCUCAUUCCCUCUGAACUCCUUCUUGUUGGAGAGGAUGCCUUUCCAGUGAUGGUGAAUGACAAGGACCAGGUGCUCAUUGCAGCCUCCCACUAUGGCCAAGGCCGCAUCGUGGUUGCAUCCCAUGAGGGCUACCUAUUCCAAACUAGCGCCUCCACAUUUAUUCUCAAUGCAGUGAGCUGGCUCUGCCCCACUCCGGGGAAUCCUAUUUUAAUACACCCAUCCAUGCAAUCGAUAACUAGCAUCCUGCGUAACUCUGGAAUUAAUGCAGAGGUUAAGGCAGAACCUGGAGAGCCCCUUGGGGUUUACUGCAUCAGUGCCUACAACGAGGACUUGAUUGAGAAACUGAUCCAGUUUGUGAAGAAAGGAGGGGGCUUGCUCAUUGGCGGCCAUGGCUGGUACUGGGCUGGUCAGCAUGGUCAUGACAAGGUGCUGUCCAAUUUCAGCGGGAACCAAAUGAUAAGUGUGGCUGGAGUGUACAUCACUGGCAUCCAAGGGAACAGAGACCAAUACAAUCUCUCUAAGCUGAUUCCCAACCUUCCCCUGGAUGUGAGUUGUGAGGAUGAGCUCAAACAAGACCAGAAGCAGCUGCUGGAAGGGAUCUCUGAGAUGGACCUCCGGUCAGGGGGCAUCCCCUCACAGCUGCUGGUGCAUGGGGAACUGGCCUUUCCCGUGGGAUUGGAUAGCUCAUCUGACUGCUUUCUUGCAGCUGCCCGCUAUGGCCGUGGUCGUGUGGUGGUGGCAGGCCAUGAGCUAGUGAUACUUAAUCAAAGGAUGCAGCGCCUUGUGCUCAAUGCAUUACAGUGGCUGACAGAGAAGAAAAAAGGCAAAAUUGGGUUAGAUUUAAAAAUGAGAGCUCUGGGCCCUUUGUUAUCCAAAAACAACUUGGAGUGGAUCAGCACAGAUCGUCUGACCAGUGACUUGAGUGUCUUUUGUAGUUGUUUCACUCUUGCCCAGAUGAAUGCCAAGAAGGUGAAGGAAUUUGUUGCAGAAGGUGGAGGGUUGCUGAUUGGCAGACAGGCAUGGCUGUGGGGCCUCAAACACCCAGGAUCUAAAUGUAUGAUUCAGUUUCCAGAAAACAAGAUCCUUAGAUGCUUUGGUCUUGGCAUCACAGAUCGGGGAGGUAAACGAGGCUGCUUCCCCAUCCCCAAAUCUGAGAUGUUGACCUACCACUUACGCAAAGCUCUAGCCCAGCUUGAAACCUUGCUGCUCAAAGAACAGGGCAACUUAGAGCAGAGUUGGGGGGAGAAGAUGAUAAAAGACUGCUCCUAUAUGUUUCAAAUCCUACAAGAUGAUAUUCCCAUCUAUCUGUCUGUGAAGAGACAUAUCCUGCAAAUGAUCAAAUGGGAAGGCUUACCACCAGUGAGUAAGGAAAGCCCAGUCAAAAAGGGCAGCCCUCAGGCCCUACUGAUAGCCUUGGCCCAAGAACUGGUCAAAUCCGGAACAGACAGCUCUCUGGUGCUGGAGCAUCCCACCUUUCUACCUCCCACGGAAUCUCCUAUCACCAUUGAGAUCCAUGCAGAAAACUGCAAUUCCUGGGUGAGCACUGGACUCUACUUACCUGAAGGGCAGACUGCAAAAAUAACACUGCCUGACCAUGCUGUAGCUGCUAAACUGAAGGUCCUCAUUGGCUGCCACACGGAUGACAUAAGCCCAGCAAAAACUUACUUCCGCCCGCCUGUGGUGACGCACACGUACCAGUUAGAUACAGUAAAGAAAUCCUUCUCCUGGCUCUGGGGUGGCCUCCUCUACAUCGUGGUGCCUCCUAACUUCAAACUAGAUGGCGUGCACAUCACCAUUUCUGGGGCUUCCUUCGCCCCAUACUUCAAACUGGGUAAGACAUCCCAGAAAGAAUGGAAGGAUAGUCUCCUGCAAAAUGCAGCUCCCUGGGGAGAAUUAGCCACGGACAACAUCAUUCUGACAGUACCAACUACAAACCUGCAAUCCCUAGGGAAUCCAGAGCCUCUGCUCCAGCUCUGGGAUGAGAUGAUGCAGGCUAUUGCCGGACUGUCAGCUGAGCCCUUCCCUUUAACCAGACCUGAGAGGAUUGUUUUUGACGUGCAGAUCUCAGCUGGAUUCAUGCAUGCUGGAUACCCCAUCAUGGGCCAUGUCCCAAGCUUACUACAUGUCCUUAACGCAGCAAGUAUAAGAGCAAAAGGUCUUUGGGCUCCCUUACAUGAGGUGGGCCACAAUCACCAGAAAAGAGGAUGGGAGUUCCCUCCCCACACUACUGAGGCCAUCUGUAGCCUCUGGGCAAUCUAUGUGCAUGAGACAGUCCUAGACAUCCCCAGGGAUCGGGCCCACCCUUCUCUGAAGCCUGAAACCAGGAAGCAGAGGAUCCAACAGCAUCUGGCCAAGGGAGCUCCCCUGCGUGAAUGGAGUAUGUGGACAGCUCUGGAAACCUAUCUCCAG